CUCCUGCCGUAAACUCGCAACUCCUGCAGUUGCAGCUGAGUGCGUGAGUUGUACGCACGUUUUAUGAUCCGAAUGGUAGUAACUUCGAGCGAUACGCGACUUUGAAAGUUGUUGCCGAAGUUUUAGAACAAGUUUUCGGGAGUUUUUGAAGAUAUUCCUGGUGUGCGGAAUUUUUUCCAGAUAGCGGAAAGUUGUUGCGUUACAGUUUUGGCAACUUGUUUUUUUGUUAAUAAGAACUUUUCGUUUCAAUCGUUUUGGACUUUGCGGAAAACUUUUUUGUGGGUUUUGAAGUUCGAGUGACUAAAUUAUUUUUCGGUUUUGACUUUUAGUAUGAGAAGAUGGUUCGGUGAGGGGGAUGGUUGAGUUUUUUGGCGAAAUAACGGGACACAAGGGGGGUGAAGAUGUUAGAGGCAGUUUGUAAUAAUACCAGGUCCAAUCGUCCAUUUGGCUUGCCAUCAUUGAAAAAACGAAAAAUAGAAACACCCAAUAUGGCAACAAUGGCAAAAAGCUUCGCAAAAUUAGAAACCUUAGAAACGAAGAAGAAAGACACCAAAUCGUUACUGCUCCCACAGAAGAAACGUGUCUUGCCGCCCACCAACUCCCCGAGCAGGCUCAAAAAAUCCCCAAAGCUAGAAGAAGGAGCUGCAGAAGAAACUUUAAUACGAGAAACGGAAGCUGCGCUUAAAAACCUAUCGGGUAGCUGGCCGGGACCUAGAGUGGGUUACCCCCAACAAGAAGACACUCCAACCUUUGAAAAUUUAUUCGACGAGAAAAAGGCUGUCAAAUUAUCACCAAUAUCAACCUCAAACAGUUCGAGUGAUAACGCGUGCUCUUUAAAAGACGUCAUAACAUUAAGAGAAGCCCAUGAACCUGAAGAAGAUAUCAGUAACGAUAAACCCAGUUCCAGGGGUACAAAGGCUGCCUCAAAAAUGCAGUAUUCAUCACCGGAUUUCAACGAACUAGUCGAUGAUUCUUCCAAUGAAUUAGAAAUAGAUAUGUCAGAAGCCGCAGCUGAGAAAAACGAAUCCAAUGAGAAUAAAGACUUUGAUAGGAAAAAAGAACCUGCGAAAUACCCUUCUAGCAAUUCCUCCUUCCAUACUUACACGCGUACGAACACCACGGCAUCUCCUUUUUCUACGACGUCAGCUUUUAGACCACCGCAAUCAAAAAACCCUCCGUUAGGCCCGUUUCCAGCCGAAGCCACCUUCGUAGGCUACCCGGAAGGCGCGGUUACUGAAGAAAAGAAAACCAUCGCGCCUUUGAAGCCUAUAGAAAGUCAGGCCGAAUUACAGAAGAGCCCCGAAGGGGUUAAUAAGCAGUAUACUAUUCUUCAGCCAGCAGGAGCUGGAUCUAGAGCUGCGACUACCUUGCAGGAAGUUACUAGGGAGGGCGUGCAGAGUGUAUCGGCCGUUGGUGGGAGUAGUAGCAAUAGUGCGAGCAGCGAGAAUGAGGGGAAGAUGGGGAGUCCGACUGUUGCACCAGGAUCGUUGUCGCCGAAUAGUAUUGGUAGAGAGGGUACGAAGUGCCCGACUCCAGGAUGUACGGGUCAAGGACAUGUAACUGGAUUGUAUUCGCAUCACAGGAGUCUUUCUGGAUGUCCGAGGAAAGACAAAGUUACACCAGAAAUCCUGGCUAUGCACGAGACGAUCCUGAAAUGUCCAACUCCCGGAUGCAACGGUAGAGGGCACGUAUCUUCAAACAGAAAUUCACACAGAAGCCUUUCCGGUUGUCCCACAGCCGCAGCCAAUAAGCAAGCAGCUCGGGAACAAAAAUAUCAUACGAACUUGCAGAAAAUCAAAUCGCCUUCUAAUUCGCCUCAUUUUAUCGGUGGUGAUUUCCCUUCGAAUUACGAAAAUAAAAGGUCUCCUACUUCGGAAGACGUCAAGCCAAAUUAUAUAGUAAACUACGGCAACACGCCUACAAGUACUGCAGAAGACAACAAGGCUCCGUACGAGCAGUACUACACGAAAACGAACCCUAUCAAACCGGAUCCAAUGAAAAUUCCUAAAGCGGAAGUAACGACCAGUAAUUGUUGUAACAUCAGCGGCCAACAGGGGGAGCUACUCGUGCCCAAAACUGAAAUGCCUAGUUCUUGUAGGUCACCGCCGCCAGGCAUUAGGUCUGGAUACGAACCCUACAUAAAUCAUGAUUCAAAUUCGUCGUCGAUGUCCAGUAUGGAUGCCAUGAAUUCUAGAAAUCAGCACCAAAUUCAUCAUAAUGCUCCACAUUUGGGACCUCACCAUAAUCAGCAACAACCAGGGUAUAAUAUGGAUCACCAAUUGCCUCACCGGUCACCUUACCACCAGUCACCGAUGUCGGAAGAGAUGUACCACAGGGAACGAUCUUACGCGGAAAUGAACGAAUCGAUUGGAGGUAAUGGAAUAGCCAGGCCUGUAGUAACUUACUCUAAUGAAAUAGCUAAUAGAACCUACGAAUCGGGAUUAAUAAAUUCAGCGGGACACAGGCCGUACGAUCCUGGUACUAACAGUUUUGAAAGGUACGACUCUAGCCAAUGUGUCUCGUUACAACAACCUCUAGGACCUCCGAGAGUUCCACCUCAAGGUAUGUACGGUUAUAUCGAAGAGCAGCAGGAGCAAAGGUACCAACAGGAAGCUGCUGCGGCUCAACAACACCAGAUAGUAGUAGCAAACGCACAGAAUAUGAUGAAAACCGAAGAACCUGAGUCCACCGGACCUCUAUAUCCAAGACCAAUGUACCAGUACGACGCUUCGAGCGGCGGCCCGCUUCCCGUGGGCUUUUCAGCAAUUAACUUAUCUGUGAAAUGUGUGACAACGGCCCACGCUCAAAUGAAGGGUCCGCACACGUCUCCUGGGGGCACCGUUAUCGAUCUGUCGACGUCCAGUGUCACCACUACCAGCCCACAGGUAGCCUACAGUUCCCCUCACUACGGCGGAGCGGGGCAAAGGGUGGGCGGCAGUCCCCAAGCCGCCGCCAGCCCCCACCUUUCAGCGAGUCCUCAAGUUCCCAGUUAUGGUCCUAUGAGUCCGCACCCGGGCUACGGUAUGACGACGGUAGGCGGCGAUUACGCGUCGAAUCCCUACUCCCCCUAUCCACCGGGCGGAUAUUCGUGCGCGGGAGGAUAUCCCGGACCCGUUACCACCGGAUAUCCGGUACCGCCGGGCGGAUACUCGCCCAGCGCCUGCUAUUCGAUGCCCCCACCACAGCAUUCGUUGUCGCAGCAUGACAAGUCGCCAAACAAAGACAGGUAA